ACGCAAACUGGCUUUACAAACUUCCUUGUCUACUUGUCUAGUUUCAUGAAAGAAGAAUAUUGAUAGCAGUCGGGGAAGAGACCAGAGAGACUAGAUUCAUGCUUGAUCUUUUAUUUAUUUUAUGUGUUCAACUCAGAUAUUUAGACAGUAGGGAAGGUGACAGUCUAUCGAAAAAGACUACCAGGCUCCCAACAUGGCAGUAGAAGAGGAAGAAGUUUUGGCAGUUUUGCAAGCUGUCCUCAGUUACUUAAACAUCACACUGCCUUCCCAGCAACUAUCACCAGAUGCCCAGAUGGGAAGGGAAAGUUUGUUAAAUAAAGUGGAAAAUCUUGUUGAUAAAAUAAAUGCGACUAAAUCAUCUGUCAAUCAAGGAAGUGACAAUGUUGAUGGCAUAGUAACUGCUCAGCCUGAUGUUCUUGAAAACAAGAUUGAUGAAGUUGACCAACGACAAAGAAUGAGUAGCUACAUUGAUAUGACACAGUUUCAAGCAAAUCUACAAAACCCUGAAUCAAUGCAAGAACACAAAGAACACCAGGAAAAUGAUGCAUUGCAACAGGAAGACUAUGAAGUGUCUGGUGUAAGUGAAGUUACAGAGCUACUGGAAGAAGAUGAGGCUGAAGAUGAAGAAACCUAUGAUGAUAUCGCAAACAGUAUCAUUCAUUCAAAUGGCACUUCCAAGUCAUCUGAUGAAUUAUAUUCAGAGCUCACUGAAGAUGAGUUGCUCUCAAAACUCAAAGGCUUUGAAAACAUAAGUGCCAAAAAAAUGGCCGAGGCUUGUACAUGCAGUGGCUGGUUGAUGAAGCAAAAGAAAAAACUUCUUGGGUCUAAAUGGCACAAAAGAUACUGUGUCUUGAAAGAUGAGUUUCUUUUUUAUUAUUGCCAAGAGGAAGACUCAAAAGCCCUUGGUGUCAUUGUACUUCCUGGCCGUAUCAUAAGCAAUGAGAAGUCCUCAAGCAAGGACAGAUUUGUUUUCAAGCUGGUUCCUUAUGGCAAAGGAAGGUCUACAUAUUUGUUCAGUGUAUCAUCCAAGGAUGACUAUGACAAAUGGGAUGCAGCUCUAUCUCCAAUAUGUUCACAAAAGUUAAGUAGACUCGAAAGCAAGGCAUUCAAUCGUCUGGCCUCAAGAAUAAGUGGUGACAGUGACGAAGGUAGUGCUGGGGAACCAAUCAAGCCACCAGCUACACCUGUUGAAGAGGAAAUGUAUGAGAUUUUGCCUGAUGAGGCUCAUACCACAGAAUGUCAGCAGAAAGGGAUUGUCACAGGAGAGGAUGAAACUUAUGAUGAUCAUAUUGGUAAUACCUCUGCUCUCAGUAUGCAUGCAGGCUCAGCAGAAGCUGGUGACGACUUUUAUGAGGGUAUUCCAGGAGAGUAUUUUGAAUCUGAACCAGCUUCACUUGAUGCUGCCCCUAUUGAAGAAGACAUUUAUGACACCAUUGAUCCUAUUUUGAUGAAAAAUAGUAGUCAAGCCGCAUUUCCCCCUCGACCAUUGCAAGAACCUGUACCUGUAUCUCCAAACCCAGUUGCAACACCACCGCUGCCACCAAGCCUCCCACCGAGAGGUCAGCAGUUAGACCAAAAAGAAACAUUGCCACCUCCCUUACCUCCAAGUAUUCCAAAACGAGAUUCACCUUUGCCUCCUGUUAUUCCAAAAAGAGAUUCAGCUUCAAAGCCAACAGAAUUGAUUGAAGAAGAGCCUCCAGAGGAAGAAGAAGAAGGACCAUCUGAAGAUGCUUUCUCUUAUGAUAAUGUAUAUAUUGGAACUGAUAAUCAUACAGCAGCUGAAUCAGAUGAGCUUGAAUUUAAAUGUGGUGACUUAAUUUAUGUACUGGAAAAGAUCAACCCAAACUGGUGGAUUGGCUGCAAAGAAGACAAGGUUGGCUUGGUUCCAAGCUAUUUGCUGAUGGCUGGUUUUGCACACUGAUGUUUAUCUAGUUUGUCUCAUUAGGCUGGUGAAGUUAAUAUUUCAAAGCACUAUGCUUCUCAAAUAGAACCUGAGCAGGGACACUGGAACGACCAAGUGGCAAAGGGGGCAGGCUUAAGUAAAAGGGCAUUUAAAAAAUAAUUCCAAGCUACCAACAAUUCUUUUGUAACUGUCAUUUUGUUUCACAGAUAACACAGUGCAGUCAGAAUUUCACAUGAAUUUGUUGAUAAUUACAAAGGGCUGAUGUCAAUGGCACUUCUAUGAAAUCUAUGAAAAGGGCACUUUGCCCCACCUUGACCCUCCUAUCAAAGGGCUGCAGGGGCAAUUGACCCCUUGCAUCCCCCUCUUCCGCAUCCCUGCACCUAAGGCUUGUAAAGUAUAUAAAUUUUUCUCAAAAACUGUGGCAUCUUCUUUAGGGCUUUUAUUUACUUUUUAUAGAAUUAUUGUAGGCAAAUAGAUAAUAGGUAUCUCUGUAAUAUACAUUUAUUAUUUUAGAAUCAAUAAUCACAUAAAAUACUUGUGUUAUA